AUGUGGAUUGAUAAUUGGCACCCAUUUGGAGGCUUGGUUGAUAGAUUUGGCUAUAGAGUUGUGUAUGACUCUCAUAGUCGGUUAGACGCUAAACUGGAUUCUGUUUUAAAAAAUGGAGUAUGGUGCUGGAAGCCUGCACGAUCUGAGAUGUUAGUUGAUAUACAGAGUAGGUUACCUGAAGUGCCUAUUGGUGAGAUUGAUAAGCCUGUGUGGUCCAUAUCUCGUUCUGGUUCCUAUGAUUGCUCUGAUACUUGGAAUUAUCUUCGACAGAAAAAGGCCAUUGUCAACUGGUGGCCGCUGGUUUGGCAUCAGCAUGCUAUUCCAAAACAAGCAUUUAUCCUUUGGUUAACAGUCAAUAAUAGGCUCACCACUGGCGAUCGAUUGCUGGCUUGGGGUUAUGAGGGGGAUACAAAUUGUGUCUUAUGCAGAAAUGGAACUGAGAGUCGUGACCACUUAUUCUUUUCAUGUGGGUUUAGUUCCCGAAUUUGGAAAACCUGUUUACAACGUUGUGAUGUCUUAAAUCCUCCUACUAGUUGGGAUGGUUUGAUAGAAGAAGGGUGUAGAACUUGA